AUGGGCAGCGGGGAGCCCAAUCCUGCUGGCAAGAAAAAGAAAUACCUCAAGGCCGCCUUGUACGUGGGUGACUUGGACCCAGAUGUCACCGAGGACAUGCUCUAUAAAAAGUUCAGGCCCGCUGGCCCUCUGCGCUUCACCAGAAUCUGCCGUGACCCCGAGACCCGCAGUCCCCUGGGCUACGGCUAUGUCAACUUCCGCUUUCCUGCCGACGCCGAGUGGGCCCUGAACACCAUGAAUUUCGAUCUGAUCAACGGCAAACCAUUCCGCCUCAUGUGGUCACAGCCUGAUGACCGCCUAAGGAAGUCUGGGGUUGGAAAUAUCUUCAUCAAAAACCUGGACAAAUCCAUAGACAAUCGGGCCCUUUUCUAUUUGUUUUCUGCCUUCGGGAACAUUCUCUCCUGCAAGGUUGUGUGCGACGACAACGGCUCGAAGGGCUACGCCUACGUGCACUUCGAGAGCCUGGCGGCCGCCAACAGAGCCAUCUGGCACAUGAACGGCGUGCGGCUCAACAACCGCCAGGUCUACGUGGGCCGCUUCAAAUUUCCCGAGGAGCGCGCCGCCGAGGUGCGCACCAGGGACAGAGCGACCUUCACCAACGUCUUCGUGAAGAACUUCGGCGAUGAAAUGGACGACGAGAAACUGAAGGGCAUUUUCAGCGAGUACGGGCCCACCGAGAGCGUCAAGGUCAUCCGAGACGCCAGCGGCAAGUCCAAGGGCUUCGGCUUCGUGCGCUACGAGACGCACGAGGCGGCGCAGAAGGCGGUGCUGGACCUGCACGGCAAGGCCCUGGACGGCAAGGUCCUGUACGUCGGCCGGGCCCAGAAGAAGAUCGAGCGGCUGGCCGAGCUCCGGCGGCGGUUCGAGCGGCUGCGCGUCAAGGAAAAGAGCCGCCCCCCCGGGGUGCCCGUCUAUAUCAAAAACCUGGAUGAGACCAUCGAUGAUGAGAAGCUGAAGGAGGAGUUCUCCGCCUUCGGAUCCAUUAGCCGCGCCAAAGUGAUGGUGGAGGUCGGGCAAGGCAAAGGGUUCGGGGUCGUGUGCUUCUCCUCUUUUGAAGAAGCCACCAGAGCGGUGGACGAGAUGAACGGGCGCGUGCUGGGCUCCAGGCCGCUGCACGUGACCUUGGGCCAGGCCAGGGGCAGGUGGUGA